AUGUCGGUUAAUUCUGGGGUUUGCUUUAGUUGUGGCCUACAGGGCUACAGGGAUAAAGAAUGUCCGAAUCGGGGAGCAGGCACCGGUAGUGGCAGAGGGUCACAGCAGAGGCCGUCACAGUCGGCUACAACUCAGUCAGAUUUCAGACCACCGCCACCACCACAGCCUGCUAUAUCUUCUCAGGGUUUACUGCCAGCUAAGAGAGAUACUCCUACUAUGUCAAUGCAGCAAUUAGUUGGGAUUUCAGUGUCUUUGAGCAGAGUUAUGAGGGAUUGUUCCAUAGUGAUAGCUGGACGGAAUUUUAUGUUUGAUCUAUUCCUCCUUGAGAUGACUGGCUUUGAUGUCAUUCAUGGGAUGGAUUGGUUAGCUUCAUUUCAUGCCACAAUUGAUUGUUUCAGAGGAAGAGUCACAGUUUGCACUCCCGAGGGGGAUUGUUUCUUUUACGUGGGAGAUCAGAGUGAUUCCCAUACGCUAUCAUUGUACAAGAUUCAUAGACGAGGUCGUGGUAACUACUUCUUGGCUAGUCUUUUAGCCGAAGAAGAUGGUGUUGCAGAAGGGGUUUAUUCGGCAGUUCAAGUGGUUGAUAUAAUGUCCCAGCUAACUCAAAAUAUGGAAAGUGUGCCAUCUGCAUCAGCUACACAACCUAUAAGUUUUGAUGCACCAAUUGAAAUCAAUUUUGAAUUAGCACCCACUCCAAGUUUAGGGGUCAUAGGACUCGCAACAUCACAUGCGAGGAAGAGAAAAUUGACUUCAAAAGUUUGGAAGGAUUUUGAAAAUGUGAUAUUGGAUGGGCCAAAUGGGGGGUCUUUUGCUAUUUGUCAUCAUUGUAAGAAGAAGCUUGUUGCUGAACCUUCAUCUGGUACUAGUCAUUUAAAACAACAUUUAAAGAGGUGUGUGAAGCGAACUAAUACUGAUAAACGUCAAAAAAUGAUUGCACGUUCUCCAAAUGUUGAUGGGUCAAUGCAAUUUGGCAAUUUUACAUUUACCCAAGAAGUUUCAAGGAAUGAACUUGCUAAUGCAAUUGUUUUGCAUGAGUAUCCUCUUAGUAUUGUUGAGCAUAUUGGAUUUAGAAGACAGAAAAGAGGUUAUAUGUCAAUCACUGCUCACUAUGUUGAUGAAUUUUGGCGCUUGCAAAAUAUGAUUAUUGGGUUUGUUUAUGUGCCUUCUCCACAUACAAGUGAGAUUCUCUGUGAUGCACUUAUGAAUUGCUUCUUGGAUUGGAACUUGGAUAGAAAGAUAUCUACUAUUACGGUAGAUAAUUGUACAACCAAUGAUGCAUUGAUUCAGGGUCUUUCGAACAAGUUGUCUAUUCGUAAUAAGUCACUUCUCUUGGAUGGGAAAAUUUUUUAUAUGUGUUGUGUUGCACAUAUAUUAAACUUGAUUGUGAAGGAUGGGUUAGAUAUAAUUGGAGGCACAAUUGGGAAAAUUCGUGAUAGUGUUCACUUUUGGACGGCUAGCCAAGCUAGAGAAGAAAAAUUUGUGGAGGCAGCCAGUCAAUUAAAAAAUCCAUGCCAUAAAAAACUGUCUCUUGAUUGCAAAACUAGAUGGAAUUCUACAUAUUUGAUUCUUGAAACAACUAUAUGUUAUAAGGAUGUGUUUCCACGAUUGAAACAACGUGAGAGACUUUAUACAUCUUUGCCAUCGGAGGAGGAAUGGAGCUUAGCACAAGAAAUUUGUCGGAGAUUGGAACUAUUUUAUUCUAUUACUGAAAUUUUCUUUGGGACUCGAUUUGUCACCACAAAUUAUCUCUUUCCAAAAAUUUGUGAGGUAAAAUUGGCAUUGCGCAGUUGGUGCAAUUGUGAGAACGAGGUGGUAAAAAAAAUGGCGGCAAGUAUGAUAGAGAAAUUUGAUAAGUAUUGGAGUGAGUGCCAUCUUGUUGUAGGAAUAGCAAUAGUGUUAGAUCCAAGGCAUAAAAUGACCUUUUUGGAGCAUGUUCUUCAGAGGAUACACGGGGACGAAUCUUUCUCUCAAAAAGAUUGUGUACGCCAAGCAUGUUAUGAUUUACUUCAAGAGUAUCAACAUAGAAGUAAGGAGGGAACUAGUCUAAGUGAAGAUCUAAGUGGAUUGGCUGCAUCUUUAAGCUCUACAAGUAAAGAAUGGGAUAUUUAUGCUGAGUAUGAUAUAAUUAUUAGUGAUUUGUCAAGGAUUGGGAAUGUGAAAUCAGAGUUAGACCAUUACUUAGAUGAACUCGUCUUGCUACGCACCAUGGAUUUUAACAUUUUAAAUUGGUGGGUUUCAAAUAAGAGUAAGUAUCCUACAUUACAGCUGAUGGCUCUAGACAUCUUGGCUAUUCCAGUAUCAACUGUCGCAUCUGAAUCAGCAUUUAGUAUAAGUGGUAGGUUGGUGAGUCCACAUCGCAGUCGACUUAGUCCUGGCCUUAUAGAGGCUUUGAUGUGUUCUCAAUCUUGGUUGUGGAAUGAUCUAGAAGCAAAUGCAUCGGCGUCAACUCUUUCUGCUGGAAUUUCUCGGUUAACAAUCUGUGAUGAAGAAAUAGAUUAA